AAGGGAAAAUGAGGGAUUACCAACUAGCUGGGCUGAAUUGGCUAAUUCGGUUAUAUGAAAAUGGAAUUAAUGGGAUUUUAGCUGAUGAAAUGGGUCUUGGGAAAACGUUGCAAACCAUCUCUCUGUUGGGCUAUUUACAUGAAUUCAGAGGAAUUACAGGGCCUCACAUGGUGGUGGCACCAAAAUCCACUCUUGGCAACUGGAUGAAGGAAAUUCGACGAUUCUGUCCCGUGCUGCGUACUGUAAAGCUUUUGGGAAAUCAAGAUGAAAGGAAACAUAUACGCGAAGACUUACUGGUUGCUGGGAAGUUUGAUGUAUGUGUUACAAGUUUUGAAAUGGCCAUCAAAGAGAAAACUGCUUUGAGACGCUUCAGUUGGCGCUAUGUUAUUAUUGAUGAGGCACAUCGGAUAAAGAAUGAGAAUUCUCUUCUGUCGAAGACAAUGAGACUUUAUCAUGCCAAUUAUCGCCUUCUUAUUACGGGCACCCCACUUCAGGUUUGUUUUAUUUAUCCAUGAUCUUCCAUACUCUAA